AUGGGCACCUGUGAUAUUGCGCUCGAACGAGUCCACGCGCUGCUCAGGGUGGAUGCUGGCAAUGGCUCGCUGUACAACCACUUAGUCCAGUUAGCUCGCACCUUGGCGGAAGAAAAGCCCAAGGAUGCCUUGGAGCAGGUGGAAGCGCUGUCUCGACGUCUCAAGGAGUCAGCUUUCCGCGGUGCUCCUGCUCCAGAGGAGCCUGAGCUGAGUGUGGCCGAAAAGGCUGCGGAGGAUGAAAGCAAAAAGUGUGCCCAGAGCUUCAUGCAGCUGCUGAGGCCACCAAGUGACCCUACUGCGGCACCAAAAGUCCUGGGUGUGGUGCAGAACUAUCUUGAGGAUGCUGCCAUCUUUGAAUGGGCUGGCGUUGGCUUUGGCAAGCAGGAGUCCUAUCACCUGUCCAUGUCACUCCGGAAGCUCGCGGCAGACUCUGGCCUGGAGUCUUUGAGGUUGUGGGGAAAGGUGCUGGGCACAGGAGGUGACUACUAUGUGGCCGAGGGCACCUUAAACGCAGCAGAGCAAGCUGUGGCUUUGCCUGGCAGUCCGGAUGACGAUGUGGAACCCAGAGGGCAAGGAGCAAAUCGUUGCAUCUACUGGGUGACGAAAGGUGGCUUUGAUCCAUGGGUGAGGCUACCUCAUGCUCGCGCCAGCCACGUGAGAGCUGCUCGCAACAUCAAGCACAUGAUGAGUGGCAACCUUUCCUCGGAGGUCAUUUCUACCCCAUGGUUUCCAGGUGGAGAGGAACAGCUGCUUCGCGCGCAAAUUGCUCGAAUUACUUCGACCUGCACUCUGGCGCCCAAGGGUUGGUUUGAGGUGGAUGAGGAGGCGCCGGUAAAGAACACACUUCGAAUGGUGGAGGGCGCCGCUGAGGCCUUUCCCUCUCCAGAGGAGCUGGCGACUCAAGGUGGUUGGGUGCAUGCAGCACCCUUCCUGCUAUCCACAGGGAAAAGCUCUUGGCCUGACGUUGAUGCUUUGGAGGGGGAAAUCACCGAGGAGCAGGCCGAAGAGAUCAAGGCUCUAGCUGAGAACGAGCCUGAAAAGGCAAUGCUUGAGGGCAUUGAGGCAGACUUAGAGGAGCUGAAGCCCGAAGAAGCUGAGACUGGUCCAGCGUGGAGCAUCAAAAACUACGGAGAUGAGGGUGUCUAUUCAUCUGGAGACGGCACUGCGACGCUGCGUGUGACAGCUCUCCGAUCCAUGAUUUGGCCAGGUGCUGUGACUGCGGUGAAAGGAACGCGGUUCGCAAAUCUCUACGUGGGCUACGGCAUGAAAUGCGGCUCCCUGGUGGGACCCGAGAAGGAGUCGGGGCUCCCGCUUCGUGGCACGAUGCCACUGAUGCCAUUGGCGCCUGAGGACAUCAUGGAUGAGCCGGUCGACCUGGAGGAGCACGAAGAACCAAAUCCCAUCCAGGAUGAGGCAGAAAGUGACAAGGGUGAGCUGGAAGAGGAUCCAGACCAAUAA